AUUAAAUAUUACGCAGUUUUAAAUCGUAUUGUUUUAAUUAAACUAUAGUUAAAUAUCAACAGAAAAGUUAUCAAUUGGAAUCUCGGUAUUAAAUCAUCACAGAAAAGUUUUAUUAAAUAAACAGUUGAUUAGUAUAUAAAAUGGAAGGUUUUGAUGAUCCAGGAAUAUUCUUCUCCGACAAUUUCGGUGGAGAUGAGCAGAAUGCCAAUGUCAUCAAUUUGCAGCAAAUUAAGAACAAGUUUAAAGAGUUUAUAAGAACUUUCAAUGAGGAUAACUUCCAUUAUAAAUACAGAGAUACACUAAAGAGGAACUACCUUUUGGGAAAAUUCUUCCUCGAUGUUGAGAUGGAGGAUCUAGCUGGAUUCGAUGAAAACCUAGCAGACAAGCUGAAGAAACAGCCAUCAGAGCAUUUACAGAUUUUUGAGGAAGCAGCCAAAGAAGUCGCAGAUGAAAUUACCUCACCGAGACCUGAGCAUGAAGAAUUACAAGAUAUCCAGAUCUUAAUUUCCUCAAAUGCUAAUCCCACAAAUGUUCGUGACUUAAAAUCAGAAAUGGUUGCGAAGAUGGUCAAAAUAUCGGGUGUAAUCAUAUCAGCAAGUGGAAUUAAGGCAAAAACUACAAAAAUUACUAUUCAAUGCCGUGCUUGUAACAAUACCAUACCCAAUUUAACAGUUAAUCCUGGACUUGAAGGAUAUGCUUUGCCUAGAAAAUGUAAUACUGAUCAAGCAGGUCGUCCGAAAUGUCCCUUAGAUCCAUUCUUUAUUAUGCCUGAUAAAUGCAAAUGUGUCGAUUUCCAAACACUCAAAUUACAAGAAUUGCCUGAUUCAGUCCCUCAAGGAGAAAUUCCUAGACAUAUGCAGCUAUUCUGUGACAGAUCAUUGUGUGAACGAGUCGUUCCUGGAAAUCGUGUAUUAAUUCAAGGUAUUUAUUCGAUUAAGAAAGUUGGAAGUAGCGGUAAAGGAAGUGAUACACAUAAAGCAGUCGUUGGAGUUCGUGCUCCUUAUAUGCGUGUUAUUGGCAUUAAAGUUGAUACAGAAAUCGGUUCCAUUUCACGAUUCAGUAAUAUAACAAGCGACGAGGAAGCAGCAUUCAGAAAACUUGCAGCCAUGCCUGAUAUUUAUGAUAAAUUAGCAAAAAGUAUUGCUCCCAGCAUUUAUGGAUCUGCUGAUGUUAAGAAAGCUAUUGUUUGCCUACUUUUUGGUGGAUCUAGAAAGAAGCUUCCUGACGGCUUACUUCGUAGAGGUGACAUUAACUUACUUAUGCUUGGAGAUCCAGGUACAGCAAAAUCACAGCUCCUUAAAUUCGUCGAAAAAGUCAGUCCAAUUGGCGUUUAUACGUCAGGAAAAGGUUCAAGUGCUGCUGGUUUAACUGCUUCCGUUAUGAGAGAUCCAUCAACACGUAAUUUCGUUAUGGAAGGUGGUGCGAUGGUUUUAGCUGAUGGCGGUGUCGUUUGUAUUGAUGAAUUUGAUAAAAUGAAGGAAGACGAUCGUGUUGCUAUUCAUGAAGCUAUGGAACAAGGAACCAUCUCAAUUGCUAAGGCUGGUAUCACAACAACACUCAAUUCACGUUGUUCAGUACUCGCAGCAGCUAAUUCAAUUUUUGGUCGAUGGGAUGACACGAAAGGCGAGGAGAAUAUUGAUUUUAUGCCAACAAUUUUAUCUCGUUUCGAUAUGAUAUUCAUCAUUAAAGAUCAGCAUGAUCAGACAAGAGAUAUGAUUUUGGCAAAGCACAUUAUAAAUGUUCAUUUGAAUGCUAAUCGUCCAGCCACAGCUGAGCAAGACGGAGAAAUUCCUUUGCAUGUUUUAAAAAAAUACAUUCAUUAUUGCCGUAAAAAUUGUGGACCACGAUUAAGUCCUGAUGCUGGCGAGAAGCUACGCAGUCGUUAUGUUCUUAUGAGAUCUGGAGCAAGUCAACAAGAAAAGGCAUCUGAUAAACGUAUGGCUAUUCCAAUUACUGUCCGUCAACUUGAAGCUGUCAUUCGUAUUUCUGAAUCACUUGCUAAAUUACAACUUAAAUCAUUCGUAACUGAGGAACAUGUUAAUGAGGCUUUACGUCUCUUCCAAGUCUCAACAUUAGAGGCAGCAUCAUCAGGAACGUUGUCCGGUGUCGAAGGCUUUACAACCGAAGAAGAUCACGAAAUGCUUAAUCGUAUUGAGAAACAAUUGAAGCGUCGAUUUGCCAUUGGAUCUCAAGUCUCGGAGACAAAUAUAAUUGGAGAUUUUACGAGACAAAAAUACCCAGAAAGGGCCAUCAUUAAGGUCAUAUCAACCAUGAUACGUCGAGGUGAAUUACAGCAUCGUAUGCAAAGAAAAAUGUUGUAUCGUCUUUCAUAAAAACAAAUAUCAAGGCAGGCACAGCAACAUUCUUUUCAUUUUUAUGAUUUUAUUUUGCUUUUACUUUUAAUUCCUUCACAAACAUUUGUCCUCAAUUCAUAUUCAUAGCUUGUUACUACUCAUCAUUAUCAAUAGCUUUAAAGUUAAAAUGUCCAAUAAAUAUCAAUUUUAGAUUUAAAAUGAAUUUUUGUUUAAUUAAAUAUAAGAAUUUGAUUUUAACACGUUUGGAACCGCAC